AUGAAGCCUCAAUAUCAAAAUAAGUUGGAGCAAAUGAAGUGGUCGUCACCGCCGCUCCCCGCAGGCAAGCUGAGCCAGAGGUGGGAGGACUACCAUGGACUCGACAAUUGGGAAGGCCUCCUUGACCCCCUCGACGACACCCUCCGCAGCGAGAUCAUAAGGUACGGCAACUUCGUCGAGGCAGCCUACUGCUCCUGCAACUUCGACACCUCCUCCUCCUCCUCCUCCUCCUCCUCCUACGCCUCCUGCCGCUUCUCCAAAUCCAACAUUCUCCCCAAUUCAGGCUUCCCCAACACCGGAUACCGAGUCACAAAGAAUCUCACGGCCACAUCCGGAAUCCAGCUGCCAGGCUGGGCCGAGCGCGGCCCAACCUGGAUGGCCAUGCAGUCCAGCUGGAUCGGCUACGUCGCCGUCUGCCAGGACCGCAAGGAGAUCGCCAGGCUCGGCCGCCGCGACGUCGUCAUCGCCCUCCGCGGCACCGCCACCGGCCUCGAAUGGCUAGAGAAUAUGAGAACCAAUCUCACUCCACUGUCCAACAACGACGACGACGACGAGCCCAUGGUGGAAAGCGGCUUCCUCAGCCUGUACACGUCAGCAUCCGGUAACAAGCCGAGCUUGCAGACUCUAUUAAGAGAAGAAAUAUCCAAUAUUCUACAGAAAUACGGCGACGAGCCGCUCAGCCUCACCAUCACCGGACACUCCCUCGGCGCCGCGCUUGCCACCAUCGCAGCCUACGACAUCAAGGAGACGUUCAAGCACGCGCCGCUCGUGACCGUGAUCUCCUUCGCGGGGCCGCGCGUCGGGAACUGGAGCUUCCGCUGCCGCCUCGAGGAGCAGGGGACGAAGGUCCUCCGCAUCGUGAACUCCGACGAUCUCAUCACGAAAGUGCCAGGGUUCGUCAUCGACAACAACGACUUCUCCGGCAGCUACACGGCGGCCGCGGCCGGGUGGGUGAGGAAGCUCGUGGAGGACAUGCAGUGGGUGUACGCCGACGUCGGGUGCGAGCUGCGCCUCAGCAGCCGUGACGCGCCCGACCUCAGCGGAAUCAACAUCGCCGCCUGCCACGAGCUCAAGACCUACCUCCACCUCGUCGAUGGCUUCGUCAGCUCCAAUUGCCCAUUCCGCGCAACCGCUAGAAAAAUGAUGAACAAAACCCUUGCUCAAUAA